GUACGUUCUUCCCAUUUUACUGGAAUGGAUGGUUGUUUUUUGCCACGUUAUGUUCUUCUUACGUAUAAGGGAAAGAGUGAGAAAGAAAUUAACAUUUAACCAUUAUUGUUGAUCUGAAUGUUCUUUACAAAUAGAUAUCUUCUUUAUAUCGUCAUGAAAAUUUUCAUAGUGAAUCAAAUUUCGUAGUGAAGUCAAAUUUCACGUAGUGUUGACGACAAAAAAAGAAUUCACCGCACGUUGUAUAUUCUAUUAAAUAUAACAAUUGCGAUUCUUUUCAUAUUAUCAUUCAAUAAAUUUCAAUUUAUUUAACGAUCGAUUUAUCUUAUUAUAAAUGGCAAUUCAAGGUAUCACUAUAGUAGCACUUACAUUCGGUUUAGCAAGUUUGUUAUAUUAUUUUCUUGCCAAUAAUGGAAGACAAGAACAAUCAUAUGGAUAUAAUAAUUCUGGAGGUCCCAAUGGUCCUGAUAUUGGAAUGUCUCCUAAUUAUUUCACUGCCGUAAAUCCAUCAUCGAACAACGAACAACAAAAUCAAUAUCGGAAAAGACGAUCGAAGAGAGUUCCAUUUAAAGAUGUCUGUACCAUCUGCUUCCAAAGUGUUUCAGAUCAAGAUAAAAUGCUUUCAUGUGGUCAUUGCUUUCAUGAAAAAUGUAUUCAAGAUUGGAGAACACAAGGCCCAAUGGAAUCUCGUAAUACUUGCCCUACCUGCAGGGAGAAGUAUCAAAGUAUCUAGUGAUAUAAAUGAAUAGCUCAUUUUUUAAUUGACACAAGGAGUGCAAGUUAUAAAUAGUGUUAUAAUUAUUGAUUUAGAAGAACAAAAAAGAUUGGUUGCUUAAAAAGCAUCCAUUGUUUAAUCAUUUAAUGAUUUAAUGGUUGAGUGUAAAAUAUAUUUAAGAUUUUGUUCAAUGUUGAAUAAUGAGUAACAAAAUAUCUUGUGAUUACUAUAAAACUUUUGUGAUAUAUAAUUUAAAAUUAUUGUUGAUAUCUUAUAUAACAACUAUGAGAUUUAAAAUAUUUUCUUCACUUCACUUCACUUUACAUUAAGGUUUUAUGCAUAAAAUUUAAAAAUCAUUUAUGUUAGUAUUUAGUAAAGAUUGAAAGAUGUGUUUCUUCAUAUGUAUUAUAAUAAUGGCAACUUCGUACAGGAUGAAUCACCAAAUACAGUGAAAACUAUCUGAAUAUCUUUCAGUUUUGAAAAUAAGAACAAACAUUUCAAAUAAAAGUUCUUUUUCAUUGUCAUACAUGAAAAUUUUUCUCAGAUGAAGAUUCUUAGAAAAAAUUAGUCACUUUCAUUUUUCUUAAAUAAAAACAUACAUCUGCAAAUACCUAUUGUUAAUAAUUAAGAUAGUGCAUUAUAAUAUAAUUCAACAUAUUUAAAUUAUACAUUUUUUCUAUCUUUAAAAUCGUGAAAGAUGGUCAGAUAACUAAUAGCCUAUUUUAAGUGACUCACUCUAUAUCCAUUCUAAUGAAACCUAUAUAAUUAAUAUCUUCUUAAAUUCAUUGUUCUCUUAUGAAAGAUAUGUGUAAGAUUUACAUACAAUUUUUAAUUAUGUUUUGUCUUUUCAAUUUUUAAGGGUUUAUGAACUAUUAACUGUGAUUCUCUAAAAUAAUUAAUGCAAUAAUUGCCUUAUUUGGUAGAAAUUAUUUUGAUAGAAAUAAAUUUAUUUAUAUUUCGAAAUUGUUAAAUGAUAAUAUUUAUUUUUAUUUAUAAAAGAAAUAUCAAAAUAUUCGAAAAAAGAGAAAAUUUGUAUAUCAAUAUUUGUAUAAAAUACUAUUAUAUGUGAUUUGUUACUGUAUUAUAACAACAUUGAAAUCAUCUAAUAUUGUAAUUCUUAAUAUUUAAUUAAAAGAACAUUUCAUACAAAAUUGAUACCUUAUAGCAAUUUUUGAAUUUUACGAUUAUUAUUUUUGCAUUAUUUAAAUACGAUUAUAAAUUAAAAAAUUGAGUAAGCAAGUUCAAAACAUAUAAAAAUAAAUACAUCGAAAAGAAUUAGCCAAUGGGUAUGUAACCCACGUACGGAUGAAAGGGCGUGUGUAUAUAGAACAUUAAAAAAGUUAUCAAUCUGUCAGUCUACCAAUCUGUAAUAUUCGCUUAAUAAAUAAGAAAGUUUUAACAAAUAA